AUGUCGAUUCUUGAGCGCGAUGGGAUUGAUGGGCUGAUGUUUUCAGACAAUGGUACUAGAAAGAAUCAUGAGAAGAUUAUUAUUGACACUGAUCCUGGUAUUGACGAUAGCAUGGCAAUACUAAUGGCAUUUCAGUCACCUGAGUUGGAGAUAUUAGGAUUAACAACAACAUUUGGCAAUGUUACUACAGAAGCUGCCACGCGUAAUGCAUUGAUUCUGUGUGAGCUUGCUGGACGUCCAGAUGUGCCCGUGGCUGAGGGAAAUCCUGAACCAUUGAAGAGAGGACCACCACGAAUUGCAGACUUUGUUCACGGCUCGAAUGGAUUGGGGAAUAUCUCCAUUUCUCCUCCCAAAUCCAAGAAAUCCGAAAAAUCGGCGUCUGAAUUUUUGGUCGAUAAAGUCUCUGAAUAUCCCAGUGAAGUUUCUAUACUUGCAUUGGGACCGCUUACGAAUCUCGCGCUCGCUAUAAAGAGAGACUCCUCUUUUGCAAGCAAAGUGAAGAGAAUUGUGAUUCUCGGCGGGGCUUUCUUUGCUUUGGGAAAUGUUAAUCCUGCAGCUGAAGCAAAUAUAUAUGGGGACCCAGAAGCUGCAGAUAUUGUAUUCACUUCGGGGGCAAAUAUCGACGUUAUUGGCAUAAAUAUCACAACCCAAGUCAAAAUGACAGAUUUGCACCUAGACGAGCUGAGGAAAUCAAAAGGACGGUAUGCAAAGUUCGUAUGUGAUAUUUGCAAGUUUUAUCGAGACUGGCACGUGAAGUCGGAUGGCGUAUAUGGAAUUUUUCUUCACGAUCCUGUGAGUUUUGUGGCGCUGGUGAGACCCGAUCUCUUUACCUUCAAGAAAGGAGUUGUUAGGGUUGAGACACAGGGCAUUUGUGUUGGGCAUACACUUAUGGACCAGGGAUUGAAGAAAUGGAACUCAAACAAUCCAUGGUCAGGCUUUUCUCCAGUUUCGGUAGCUUGGACAGUCGAUUCACAAGAGGUACUUAAAUAUGUGAAUGAGAUUUUAAUGAAGCCCUGA